AUUCGAUAUAAAAUGUUAGAAAAGGUGUACAUAUAAUAAAGCGCUAAACGUAGCUGAUUUAUCGGUCAUCUUCUAAUACCGGUCGUGGAUCUCGACAAAGAGCGAGACAGUAGAAUGUUCCGUGCAGAGGGUAGGAAGAAUCGUGGUCGCGCCAAUCCCAGCAACCGCGUCCCUACGGUGGCAUGUCUGACAUAUACAUACAACAGUAUAUGUCCGAUAGCGUGAUUGUGUGGGUCGAAUGAAACAGCGACAGUCUAUACUCCUGUCCACGCGAGGUUAGGAAAAUUACAAUAUUCCACGAAGGAGUGUGGCGGCGUGUGUAGUUUGUUGUUCGACCGAUAGAGCGUGCAAAGGGAAAGUGGGGGAAAGCGACAGCCAAUGGUUUAGGUCGACCGGGGUUGCCAAGAAUAUGAAUUCCCCAACGCUGCUUAGGACGCUCUGGCGUAUCUCGAUAUGUCGAUUUUUUUCUACGAAACCGGCGUUCACGUGCGACAGAUACAAAAUGAAAAGAGGCCCGUACGCGAACAUUUCCAAUGAUCACGUGGCAUUUUUCAAUGAGUUGCUCGGACGAAACAGGGUCAUUACGGAUGCAGAAGAAUGCGAAGGAUACAACAUAGAUUACUCAAAGAUCGUCAGAGGAAAGAGCACACUCGUAUUGAAACCAAAAACUACCGACGAAGUAUCUGCCAUAUUAAAGUUUUGCAACGACAAUCGGUUAGCCGUAUGCCCCCAGAGCGGAAAUACGGGCCUAGUAGGUGGUAGCGUGCCGGUCUUCGACGAGAUUGUUAUUUCUAUGAAGCUUAUGAAUAAAAUCAUCGAGACGAACGAAUUGGCAGGGGUGCUGACCUGUGAAGCCGGUUGCGUGCUCGAAGAUUUGGACAAUCAUUUAGCGACAGUAGGAUUAAUGAUGCCGAUUGAUCUCGGUGCCAAGGGUAGUUGUCUGAUCGGCGGCUGCGUGUCCACGAACGCAGGAGGUUUGAGGCUUCUUCGUUAUGGUAAUCUUCACGGAAACAUUCUGGGUCUCGAAGCCGUGAAGGCGAACGGGGACGUGGUAGAUUGUUUGAAUACGCUGAAGAAGAACAACACUGGCUACCAUUUGAAACAUCUUUUUGUAGGGUCGGAGGGAACCUUGGGAAUUGUAACGAAAGUCGCCAUUCAAUGUCCACCGCUUCCUGCGGCCAUCAAUGUCGCGUUCUUAGGGCUAAACAGUUUCGACAAAGUGUUGAAAGCGUUUCGUCUGGCGAAAAAAGAAUUGGGAGAGAUUCUGUCGUCGUUCGAGAUGAUGGACAAGUUGUCGUUAGACGUUUCCAUUGAAGCUUUUGGCCUAAAAAGUCCACUAACAUCGAGAACCGACGGUCACGAAUUUUACGUGUUGAUGGAAACUUCGGGUAGCAACGCGAGUCACGAUGAGGAGAAGCUCACCUCAUUCGUAGAGAAAGCGCUUGCCGACGAUAUCAUCGAAGACGGUACUCUGACUUCGGACCCCACCAAAGUCAAAAAUAUAUGGGCACUAAGGGAACGGAUUAGCGAAGGAGUAUUACGAGAAGGUUAUGUCUUUAAAUACGAUAUUUCUAUACCCCUUCCGUCUUUCUAUAAGGUGAUAGAGGUACUUAGGGAACGAUUACGCGAUCCACGCAUCAUAAGAAUCAGUGGAUAUGGACAUCUAGGUGAUGGAAAUAUUCACGUGCAGAUUUCAAUAUUGUCGUACGAAUCUGACAUAGCAUCACAACUACAACCUUUCAUUUUCGAAUACGUGUCUGGUCUUCGUGGUAGCGUAAGUGCUGAACAUGGAAUAGGAUUCACAAAGACAAAAUAUCUACAUAUGAGUAGAACUUCUUCUGAAAUCAAACUUAUGCAUGAAUUGAAACGGAUGAUGGAUCCAAAUGGAAUACUUAAUCCGUAUAAAGUGUUAUAUCCAUUAGAAAUUUCCGUAUAAUAAUGGGAUAAGUAAUAUUAUAAAAUAUACGAUAAGUAGGUAUUUACAUUUAGAAAUAAAUACAAUGCUAUUAAAUAAAU